UGCCUAAGAGGGACCUAGUUGGUUGGCAUGGAUACACUCGUGACUCGUCACAACCGUUGGAGCAGAACCGGGCGCAAAACAUCAAUUGAGCAUGGUCCGUCUCCCGAUCCCCACGGGUCUAAAGGGAACACGCCAACCAUCAUCCGCGGGCCCGUACGGAAUGAAACGUCGCUAAGGAGGGGCGAGUGGGAGACCGAAAGUCCACCGAGUCCGCUCCACGUUCUCGCAGAGACCUCCGCAGUUCGUGACAACCUGUCAAUCGCUUUUGAGGUUCCUAUCAAUGGCAACGGCUCCCAACUCCGCAAUGUGACCAUGAGUAGUCUUCCUCGUAUUUAAGGUCCUUGUUCUCUCUCAUAGUGUAUCUUCACUUUGCAUCCACCGAAACUAGCUCACUUGACUUUUGUACUUUCAGGGCAACACACGACGGACCAGAAUAUCGGAACCAGCAACAUCAUCAUAUUCAACAUGGCGGAAACACACGGAUCAUGCGAGUCCAAGUUCCAAGGCGUUCGCGAUAAGUUCAGUGAGCUCUUGGGAUCUGGAGUUGAGCUAGGCGCAUGUCUUACCGUCACCAUCGACGGCGAGGACGUCGUCAACUUGUGGGGAGGUUACGCCGAUGCCAAGCGCACCCGCCCCUGGAAGGAGGACACCAUCGUCAAUGUGUUCUCCACAACAAAGACCAUUUGCGCACUCGCAGUCCUCAUCCUGAUCAACGAAGGUGAAGUGUCACCCUACGACAAAGUCUCCAAGUAUUGGCCCGAGUUUGCAGCCAAUGGCAAGGAGAAUGUCGAGGUCCGCCACCUGCUGUCCCACAGUUCGGGUGUGGCGGCGUUCGAGGACCCCAUCACCCUCCAAGAGAUGUGCGACUCUUACGAGGAGGUUAUUUCGAGACUCGAGAAGCAGCCCGCUCGCUGGGAGCCAGGUACCAAGUCUGGUUAUCACGCAUGGACCUACGGCUACUUGAUCGGAGAGCUGGUGCGCCGAAAGACAGGACUGACUCUCACGGAGUUCGUCUCUGAAAGGAUCGCGGGACCCCUCGGAGCCGAUAUGCAAAUCGGAGCAAAGGAGAAAGAUUGGCCUCGCGUCGCAGAGCUGAUCCCCCCGCCGACUCCCCCAGCCCACAUCAUGCCUGAACAAGACGAAGACCCCGACUCCUUGAAGCACAAAAUGCUCCAUCCGUUCCCGGACCCUAGCGUCGCAAAUACGGAGCCGUGGAAGAAGGCUGAGAUUGCCGCGGCGAACGGUCACAGCAACAGCAAGGCGCUGGCUACGAUUUGGUCCAAGUACCUUACGAUCAGUGAUGAGAGCAAGAGGAUCUUGUCCCAGGACACGAUCGAUCUCAUCUACAAGGAACAGACAUACGGGCCCGAUUUGUGCAUGGGAUUUCCCGUUCGCUACGGAAUCGGCAUGGGUCUUAGAGGCAACGGAAGCACACCCGUGGAUUCUUGGCUUCCGGAGGGAAAGAUAUGCUUCUGGGGUGGGUGGGGUGGAUCGAUGCUUAUCAACGACCUUGAUCGUCGGAUCACUAUUGCUUAUGCGAUGAACAAGAUGUCACUUGGUUCUGCGGGCAACGAGGCUGUCUAUGCUUACGUUGCAGAAAUCUACAAGACGUUGGGAGUUCCCGUAGGAACUACUGAUGGCAAGAUCUAAGUGAAGUUACCUGGCGCUUCCAAAUGGGUAGAAACGAGAUCGUCCCGCUUAGUCACAAAUAAAGAAACUCGCUAGAUAAUACUAAGGACCAACGGCUCACUACUUCUCAUGGAC